CUUUUGCUUUCUCUCCAUAUUUCUCUCUGAUCCUAAAUAUAGAGCACCACCCCACUAUAUGUAAAAACACCUCCAUUCUUCUUCAGUCCUCACUUCAUUUUUCUUGUAUGAUCUGAGUAGUAGUAGUGGUUGUUGUAUAGAUCUAGAAACUAGGGUUCUUAAAAACUCAAUCUAGUUAAUUUGGUUUUCUGUUUUACAAAUGGGUGGAGGAAGAAAAGCAAUUGGGAUCGAUUUAGGUACAACGUAUUCGUGUGUUGCAGUAUGGGAAAAUGGACGAGUUGAAAUCAUCCCUAAUGAUCAAGGAAAUCGUACCACUCCUUCCUGCGUUGCAUUUACUGAUACUCACCGUUUUAUCGGUGAUGGUGCUCUGAAUCAAGCUGCUAUGAACCCAAUCAACACCGUUUUUGAUGUGAAACGUUUAAUUGGUAGGAAAUUCAGUGAUGCAUCUGUUAAGAGAGAUAUCAAGCUAUGGCCAUUCAAAGUCACUGCCGGCUUUGACCAGACACCCAAGAUUCUAGUCAAAUACAAAGGCUGGUUUAAAAUGUUAUCACCUGAGGAAAUCUCAUCCAUGGUUCUCACUAAGAUGCGGGAAACAGCUGAAGCGUACCUUGGUUCGACUGUUACGGAUGCUGUUAUCACAGUCCCUGCUUACUUUAAUGAUUCUCAGCGUCAAGCCACUAUAGAUUCUGGUAAAAUUGCAGGCCUUAAUGUACUCCGAAUCAUCAAUGAACCAACGGCGGCGGGAAUUGCUUAUGGUCUGGAUAAAAAAGAGACCCGUGUUGGUGCGGAGAAUGUUCUUAUCUUUGAUCUUGGUGGUGGUACUUUUGAUGUUUCAAUACUCACCAUUGACAGUGGUAUCUUCAAAGUCAAAGAUACAUCUGGAGAUACACAUCUGGGAGGAGAGGAUUUUGACAGCAGAAUGGUUAAUCACUUUGUUCAAGAGUUUAAGAAUAAGCACAACAAGGACAUCAGUAAAAAUCCAAAGGCACUUAGGAGGCUGAGGACAUCUUGUGAGAGGGCAAAGAGAACUCUGUCUUCUACUACUCAGACAACAAUUGAGAUUGAUGCUUUAUAUGAAGGAAUUGAUUUUCAUGCAUCUAUUACUCGUGCUAAAUUCGAAGACUUGAACAUGGAUUUGUUCAAGAAGUGUACGGAACUUGUUGAGCGAUGUUUGAUAGAUGCUAUGAUUAAGUAGAACAGCAUUCACGAAAUAGUGCUUGUCGGUGGGUCCACUAGAAUUCCAAAGGUUCAAUCUCUAUUGCAGGAUUUGUUUAGUGGGAAGGAACUCUGCAAGAGCAUCAACCCUGACGAGGCUGUGGCGUAUGGUGCUGCGGUGCAAGCUGCUAUUCUGAAUGGCGAGGCUAGCGAGAAGGUGCAGGACUUGGUGUUGAUGGAUGUGACCCCUCUUUCUCUCGGCAUUGAGGUUGAGGAUGGUGUUAUGCAUGUUAUGCUCCCAAGGAACACAACCAUUCCCACUAAGAUACAAAAGGUGUACAGGUCCCGCGAGGACAAUCAAACUAGUGUAAGGUUUUCGGUGUACGAGGGUGAGAGAACUAGAAUUAGUGACAAUAAUUUGUUGGGUACCUUCAAUUUACAUGGAAUUCCUCCAGCACCUUGUGGUGUUGCUAAGUUUCCCACAUACUUUGAUAUUAGUGCAGACGGUAUAUUGACUGUGUUUGCUGAGAACAAGGAAUCAGGGAGCAAGAAUACGAUUACGAUUAAAAACAACAUUGGUAGGUUGUCGUCUUCUGAGAUUAAGAGGCUGGUUCGAGAGGCUGAGAAGUACAAAUUGGACGAUGAAAAACACAGGAAGAAGGUAGAGUUAAGGAACACCUUUGAGACAUAUGCGUUUAAGAUGAGGAGCAUGGUCUAUCUUAGCGGAGGGACUUUAUCAUUGGAUGAUCAGGAGAAGGUCGAGAACGCAGUCUACAAGGCCACACAGUGGUUGUCUAACAAUGAAGUUGGUAAAACAGACGAAAUCAACGGCAGGAUGAAGGCAUUACAGAACGUUUGGGACCCUAUCAUAUCUAAGCUGUACCAGCAGGGUGAUACUGAUAGCAGUCCUUCAUCUAGCACUGAUGCACCAAAAUUCCAGAAAAUCCUGAGAUCACUUGGUUUCUUCUGAUCAUGUUUGAUGCCUCGGCACAGUUGGUUAUAUGUUUUCACUUAUAGCCUUUAGGUCUUCAUAUCUUACUUUCAAGGUUGCAUUUGUCAGUGAUUUGUUCACAGAUUGUUUGCUCGGAACCUUCAAUGGUUUCUCAUUGAAUACUAUAUGUUCAAGUGAAACCAAUUUACUUUUACAGUAUUAGACAUAAGAAAAUAAGUGAGGGUAUGAGAGGACAGAGAUGUUUUCCUAAAUGAAGUUUUCGUAACUUGUAGCUGCUAAUUAAAUACUAUCCUAGAGAACGUUUAUUGGAUUG